AACACGCAAGAAAAUGAAGGCUUUCCGCAAUCUCUGGGGACGGGCGAAGAUGUUGAUUGAGCGUUACUGGCACAACUACAAGGAGAGGGCUAAAGAGAUUUUCAGGGAAGUCUUUGAAGAAGCGAUGGAUUUCCAUCAGGAUGAAGAACCUGAAACAGUUCAAGAAGGGAAUGUGGAUGAAGAACCUGAAACAUUUAGAGAAGGGAAUGUUGGGGCAGAAGAAGCCCAAGAAGUUCAAGAGGAAAAGACAGAGCAAAAAGCCAUAUUCUCUUUUAAAUGCCCUUUCUCUGGAGCCUGGACUGGUUUUACUGGCUAUGAUCCUGCUCCAUGUUGCUCCAGGGCUACCUUGCCAAGAUUGGGUAUGAGUUUUUAGUGUGUACAAUUGCAGAAACUGAAGAGAUCUAGGGUUUCCAUUUAUCCAGUAAAGCUCAAUUGCUGCGGUAUUCUUCUCAAUUUCCCACUUCGAAGGUGUGUCCAAGAUUCAAUCUAUCUCCUUGGCCAUCAACUGCUUUUUUUUUCUGGUUCUCUAAAUUCACAUUUAGUGUAAAUGUUAGAACUCUUUGCACUGUCUGAUAUGCAUGAAAAACAAUGUAUGUUGCUGAUUGGAAGCAAUCGAGUAGAUAUGUACUGAGCUGAGCUUUUAGUGU